GAGAGAGAGAGAGAGAGACAAGAGGAAGACAGAAAAGGAUGCAGGGUCUGAGUUCUACUGAGUUGUUCCGCAGACACCUAAGCGAACGGCCGGUACUGUUUGAAGAGCAUUUAGGAGUGAGAAAGGUGAUCUUGAACAGGCCUUCCAAGUUGAACUCCCUCACUUUCGAAAUGGUGUCUCAGAUGUUUAGGAAGUUGCGGAUCUAUGAGGAUGAUCCUGCUGCCAACAUUGUCAUCUUGAAGGGAAACGGGGAGGCGUUUUGUGCGGGAGGGGAUGUUGUUGGGAACAUGUGCUCCGCAUUGACGGGACAUUGGAGCUUCGGGGCCAGCUAUUACAAGAAACUGCUCACUUUGGUUCACUUGAUAGCUACCUAUAAAAAGCCUUUGGUAUCCCUCCUCAACGGAGUUGUAAUGGGUGGAGGCGCUGGAAUCUCCAUGACAGGGAGCUUUAGAGUUGUCACAGAGAAAACGGUAUUUGCAAUGCCUGAAGCAUCAUUCGGGCUUUUUCCGGAUGUGGGUGCAUCUCAUUUCUUGUCCAAGCUUCCUGGUUACUUUGGUGAAUAUAUAGGAUUAACUGGAGCACGGCUGGAUGGAGCAACAAUGCUUGAAUGUGGCCUUGGAACUCAUUUUGUUUUUUCAAAGGAUCUUCCUCUUCUGGAACACACUCUAUGUUCGUUGGACUCGUCAAAUGCAUCAGAAAUUUUAUACGUCAUCAGCAAAUUUGCGCACAAAUCCAAUAUCAAAGGGGAAGAGCUCCACAAAAGACUGAAGAGUAUAAACAAGUGUUUCUCAAGACAAACUGUGGAGGGGAUAUUACUUACUCUGGAAAAGGAGUUGCUAGAUAACUUGGUAGAGAAAUGGAUCGCGGCUGCAGUGAACAGUAUGAAGGCUGCAAGUCCGACCAGCCUUAAGAUUUUUCUGAGAUCGAUAAGAGAAGGACGUGGUCAGACGAUUGAACAAUGUCUAGCUCGUGACUACACCAUCCUUUGCAACAUCAUGCGAAGGAAGAUCACCAAUGACUUCUACGAGGGUUCCAGAGCAAUUUUAUUCGACAAGGACAAAAAGCCCAAGUGGGAGCCGCCGAAGUUAGAGUCAGUCGGAGCAGAGACAGUGGAUAUGCUAUUCAAAGCACUGGAGGAUGAGGACGAUUGGAAUCGUCUACAGCUCCCUGCACGGUCCUCCAACUUGCUUGUCCAAAUGGGAUCGAAGCUCUGAGUGAACAAACAUAUAUGCAGCGUUUAAUUAAGAUGAGUGUGGUUGGACCGCCAUAUAAGUUUCUAUUUAUUCAUCUAUCUAUGUAUGGGGCCACUUUAUUUAAACAACCAAUGUGGACGUGGUGCACUAUUUAGUAAGUUAA